AUGAUCGAAAAAAGUGAAAACCUAGAUUUGAAAUUGACUGACGCUCAUGAUGCCGGGGCAAUAAAUACUGCCAGCAUUCGCGUGGACGUCCUGUCGUUGUCUCCCACAACUCACCGUAGCACCACUAGCAGAGCAUCAACCUCUCAGAAAACUGUAUCUACCAAAGCCUCCACUCCAGAAGUUUUAUCGAUCACCACACCUUUAAUAACAACAACAAAAAGUAAAGGAAAUGAAGCUAUAACGUCUGAACGUGAAGAAGCGGACGUUACAACUUCAGUCAACAGCAAGUUUGAAGCCACAACAGUGUUGAACGAAGAAGCUGAAAGAGCACAAACGACGAGCAAAGAAGACGAGUCAGCGACGACUGGUAAAGAAGAAGAAAGAACGACAAGAAAAAGCGAAGAAGAUGAAACUUCCACGGCUAACCCUAUAUCUGAUCUUGCGGAGUUAGUGGCUACUUCCGCGGUAAUUACUGGCAACUCAUCUCUUCCAACCACGUCCACGUCUCCGCAAACCACAGAAAGCGAUUUUGACGCAGAGUCUACCACAGAACAAAAAAGCACCGAGGAAGUGACUGCGGAACCACUUGAAGAAAGUUUGGAUAAAAACAAUGAUGGCAUCCUCUUUACUACCUCGCCAGAAAUCUUCCCAGAUCCACAAACUUUGCCGUCGCAGCUGAUUGAUCCUGAACCCAGCGAAGACAUUAGUACCACUAGUUUUUUAGAUGGCCAAGAGAGUACGAAAAUUGCUGACAGAAAUGUAGUAUUAGCUACUGAAAGCAACGAUGUAGGCACAACGGAGGGAUCCGGUGCUAGUUUCGAAGUCACCACAGAAGAGAUAAGUGGUGACAUGAGGAUAAUCGUAGAAGGAACCAAUGAAGAUAAAUUCAAAAUUGAUAGCUCAGUUGAGAAAGGAAGUAUGGUGAGAGGAAUUGCAGUCUCAGUUGUAUCCAAAGGAAAGAAAAAGUCUUACACGAAGCUAUCACUCGAGGACGACAGCGUUUUUGAUAUCAGGCCGAAGCAGUUGUAUUCUGGGAAUAAGGCCUAUCUUUUCGUCAAAAGCCCUUCUUUAUUGGGUACAUCAAACACUGUAAAGAUCGUAGCUGAAGACAAACAUUCUGUUGCCAAUAAAGAGUUCACCAUCACUACAACCGCAUUACCCUCGAGGACUACAGCUGAAGAUGACUUGGAAGCAAAGAUUGAAACGACCACUGCCGUUGAAUACGUUGUUUCCAUUCCUGAAGACGCUCCGCCGGGCUCUACUGUCUAUCAAAUUGUAGAGGGAAGUGCGAAAAAAGUUGUUGGCCCUCCUGGAAUGUGAGU